GUUGGCCAAUCUAACUACAACACUAUAUUUCCGAAGGAUAAUUAAUUAAUCUGGCACUCUCUGCACAGGAGCCACAGACCAAGUUAUAUAAUUAAGCCUCUCACCUCCCACCUCUGGCAAGCUCUUUCAAUCUUCUACCUUCUCCAACAGUGGCCGGAAAUAGGAAAAUGGCAGGUCUAUUUGACAAGCAGGCAGAGAUAUACGUGGAAGCUCGGCCAACGUAUCCCAAGGAAUGGUAUUCAAAGCUGGCUGCUCUCACCCCACAACACUCUUUAGCUUGGGAUGUUGGCACUGGCAGUGGCCAAGCUACCGUCGGUCUUUUAGAGCAUUACGACCAAGUAGUUGGAAGUGAUAUAAGUGAAGCACAAUUGAACCAUGCCAUCCAGCACCCUCGAGUUCGAUACAUUCACACUCCAACAUCAAUCUCAGACGAUGAAAUGGUUGACUUAAUAGGGGGCGGUCAUGAAAAUUCAGUUGAUUUGGUUACAGUGGCUACUGCCGUUCACUGGUUUGAUCUGCCACACUUCUACUCGCUUGUCAAACGCCUUCUGCGUAAACCAGGAGGCAUAAUUGCUGUUUGGUGCUACAACAGCAUGGACUACAUGGUCGUAGGCCCUGACUUUGAUCUUGCAAUGAAGCGAUUACACGAAAAUUGUCUUCCAUUUUGGGACCCGAGGGCAAAGUACGCAUUUGAGGGUUAUAGGACACUUCCUUUUCCAUUUGAGAGCGUUGGAUUGGGUCGUGAAGGUGAACCUAUCACACUUGAAAUACCAAGGGAAUUGUCAUUUCAGGGGGUUGAGAGGAUGUUGAGGUCUUACUCUGCAGUCCCUACGGCCAAAGACCAGGGUGUGGAUUUGUUGUCUGAAGAUGUGAUUAAAGAACUUCAAAGAGCUUGGGGUGGGCAUGAUUUGAUUAGAUCAGUUACAAUCAAGGCAUGUAUGCUUGUGGGCAAAUUAUAAUCUUUAUGUAAUGCUUGUUAUGUCCAUGGAAUUGGGAACUAAAACCUGCUGUAAUUGUUUAUGCAAAAAAUAAUGUUUAUGCAAUAUAGUAUUGCUUCUCUAUA